GCUACUUUUACAGACUUGACGACGCUCAGUCUGCGUACAUAUGAUUGGCCAAGCAGAUAAAGUCAAAUUUGCUUCAUUGUGCUACCAAGUAGAAUAUGUAUCUUAUUUCGUGACUUAAUGCUGUAUAUUUGUUCAGUUUUUAUUGAUAAAAACUAUUAUUUCUGGGACGGGUUAGUCAUGCAUUCACGACCACAUUCAUUUCUAUGAUCUGCAAUACAUUCCAUGCAAUGGGGAAAUACCUUCAUCACCGCAGCAAUAUGAUUUAUAUUUGGUGCAGAUGUGCUGGGGUCUGUGAUAGGACUGAAGGAGUGUUGACUCAUUCCUUACCACUUAUUCCUAAGACUAGAACAAAGAGGGCCAUGUAGGGCCAUCCAUAACUCCAUAACUCACUUAACAUGAUAACACUUGUAACUAAUAUUGACCUCAAAUGUGAUUGAAUUACAGUAUAAAAACUGUGCGAAGAGUGAUUCUAUCACUAUUCUAGUGAUUUUAUUAACCAACUGAUAAUGAUUUUUUCUUACACAUUUGCUAAUUACUUUCAUCUAUUUAGGUCCUGUUGGCCUAUGUCAUUAAGGGCUUGGAGCCACAGGGGCAUAAGUGCCAUGUUGGGCAAAACUGAUUAAUUGGAUUUGUAUAGCCCUUUUUACAAGCAAUAUCACAGAGGGCUUCACAUAGGACUCUACCUAAACCAACCUAAAGGGAAAAACUCCAGAAAAUGGAAGAAACCUUGGAAGGAGUAAUUCAGUGACAGCCUAUAUCAAAUGAAAGCUCUCGUGAGAUCGUUUCAGUGACAAAAACACACAACUGAAAUGACGACACACUGGUUGUACUUAAAAUAAAACUGAAAGGCAAAACAGUAAAAGUGGGACAGUGGGCGAAAUUUGUUUUGGCUCUCCUGUAAAAUCUGAGCUCUCACUGUGAACUGCUGUGUAGUCAGCUGCUUCUCUGAUGUGGAACUGGAACUCCCUCCCGGAUAAGUGUAAUUACAAUGCAGCUCUAAUCACCAGCUAAUUACUGAGUGUCCAAGGACCAGCUGUGGCAGGACCUUAAAGGGGACAGUGAUUUGAGUCACCAGAGAUCCACCCAACCUACACAUCCAUAAUAAGGCAAACCCCUAAAUUGGAAAUCUAGUUGUCUAAAGAAGGCAAGGUCCUUAGCAGCAGAUUCCUACAUUUCUUGGGGAUAGGCAUAGCUCAGUGGUAGAGCACUUGAGGUUACUGGGUUAAAUCCUUCCCGGAUGUUGCUUUGGGUAAAGCUUCUGCUAAAUGAAUACUUUGCAUUUAUUUUACAUUCUUGGGAUGCCUGGCUGAUUAUGUUUGAGAAGCAGUGCAUUUGUUUAUUCGUUUCUUUCCUAUCAUCAGCGCAAAUAGAGAAAUACAAAUUGCUCAUCUGUAACUAAUUAAAACAGUGUCUACAAGGACAAUCUGUCCACACAGCUCACAGUGGGUCUACCAUGAAUAGUGGACCUAUAGAACACACUCUCCCCAAGGUGACUCAUACCUCCUUCUUGGAUGUUCUCCUAGUAGAGACCACUGCAUGAGUUCCUGGUAAAGUAAGCUAUGAGGCCAGGCUGCCCUGAGAGCUGUGGGAUGUGUGCCCCAGAUUCAUGUCAGAGUCUGGGUAUUUUACAAGGUCCCCACCACAACCAGCUCAGCACCACCACUCACCAGCCCAUUAUCAGUGUCACGGAAAAUAGAUGUCAGACCACUAAUACAGGAAUACAGGGAAAGUCAGCAACUGCAAUUGGUGACCUUCAUCAUUAAAAUACACCCAAUUGUGAGAUGUUCUUGUGUGUUACUUUACAUCUGUGCUGUCUCAGAAGCCAAAGAGUUAGUUCAUGUUGUUAAACUCCACUUGGAUUUGUGUACACGAGGGAGUCUGGAGGCUUUCAUUCAGGUUAGGUGUUUAUGCUUGAAAGUACAUGAGUCUUCUCGGGGGCUGGGGAAUUGAUGAAAUGUAGUCUGGAUCACUGCAAUAUUUUCCAGUGGACGUUAAGGUGCUGGUGGAAAGUACUCACAUUGCCAUUAUAAACAUGGGAUUUUGUCAUAGUGUAGUAUAGUUGUUUGUAAAAUACAUAAAGUCGACUGGUUUUUAAUUACACUUUAGCUAGUGAGUAAGGUUUCUUUUUCUGUUAUCGGACCACUCUCUGUUUACAAGGACUCUGAAAACAGGCCAUAGAAGAAGGAAAAUUCUAGUUCCCCACUCUUCUAUGUAAACAUGAGUGUUCCAGAAGGGAUCAUGUUCAUGAAAUGGAACAAACCACAAAAGCUGGGAAAGAAGGGGCUCUCCAACCACAGUGCACAGCAGCUACAAUGAGGUGAUGCCCGAGGAAGAUUACACUCCCCGCCUAGACUACAGAACUCCACAUUGGUGUCACUCUCUGAGCCUGGCCAAUGGGGAGGUGACGUGUUUCUCCCCCCGAGGAGGGAACUACCGCAGCACGCUGGGAACGCGCUGCUUGAUGACCUGCGACCGAGGUUACAGACUGCUGGGCAGAACGUCCGUGCAGUGCAUGGCCAACCGACGCUGGUCUGGCACCACGCACUGCCGCAGGGUGCGUUGCCGUGUGUUGCCUCUUAUCUUGCAUGGCUCGUACACCUGCACCCAGGGCUUUGUGGUGGACUCCCGCUGUGACUUCACCUGUGACAAAGGCUACAGGAUGGAGGGGGAACACUCUCGCACCUGCCUGGAUGGGGGGUCAUGGGGCGGCUCUGAGCCCAUCUGUGCAGAUCACGACCCUCCAAAAAUUAGGUGUCCUCUGUCUAGAGUUAAGGUUGCAGAGCCUGGGAAACUAACUGCCACUGUCUCCUGGGAAGCCCCUGUUGCCACGGACACUGCUGAUAAAACACUAAAUGUGAUACUGGUGAGUGAAUUGCCUGAAACAGGCUUCAAAGAGGGGACAAACGUUGUCCAGUACAAAGUAUAUGACCAAGCCAGGAACAGGGCUACCUGCAGGUUUAUAGUGCGUGUUGAGGUGCGGAGGUGUCCGGUCCUCAAACCUCCUCUGCACGGCUACGUCACCUGCUCCUCCGAUGGGAACAACUAUGGGGCGGAGUGUGAGUGUCACUGUGACGGGGGCUACGAGAGAAGGGGAGCAUCCUCCCGUGUCUGCCAGUUUGACCACAGCUGGACCCACGAACCUGCUGAGUGUAUUGCUAUGGAGUUUAAAGCUGAUGUGAGGUCAGCCUCUGCCCUCCUGGAACAGUUCUAUGAGAAAAGGAGGCUCCUGAUUGUGUCGGCGCCCAACAUCGCUGAUCAGGACUACAAGCUCCAGAACCUAAUGAUACAGAAAGCGAGCUGUGGCUUGGAGCUGAGGCAUGUGACAGUGAUCGAGCUGGUGGGUUCGCCUCCGAGAGAGAGGGGCCGCAUCAAGGACCGUCGGCUGGGCCCUGAGGUCAUCGAGGGCCUGAGGCUGGCCCUGAGAAUCUCCAGAUCCUACUUCAACAUGGUGCUGCUGGAUAAGCAGAGUGUGGACCGAGAGAGAUUCAUCACCACCACCACCUCAGACGAGCUCUUCUCACACAUUGAUGACUACCUGCUGGACGAGGAGGAGCGAAACAGGCUAGAACUGUACAGGGACCACUGUGACUAGAUCAGCAGUGCACCCCCUGGUGGAUGCUGGAGAGUACAGUCACCCCUCAGUCCUUAAGGAAAUUAUCUGUGUUGUAGAGAUUUUACCAAAGCAGACUUUAAAUAAUGACCUUUUUAUACCUUUUAACAUUUUCACUAACUGCACAGGUAUAACAAACAUGAAUGAUUACAGGUUUAGUCAGUUCAUAUAUUUAUUAUGUGAAUAAAAUAUUUUAUACAGGCAUGAUUCAAAAUAAACUUAAGUUUAAACUUGAACGUUAAAAUAAUUAAAAUAUUUGAAAGACAAUAUUUACCUUGCUGUCUACAAAUGAAGAGCAUUGUGUAUAAGAAUACAAAUAUGUAAUUUUGUGCAACAACAAUAUUUACAUAUAUAUAUAUAUAUAUAUAUAUAUAUAUAUAUAUAUGCAUUCACUACAAGCUUGAUGUCUCCAUAAAUCAUUAGUCAGUCUCUAAGGAUGCUAGCUAGAUUAUCUGUAUUCCAAACCUGAAUAACUGGAUAACUAGUGCAAGAGAAAAGCACCCCCUAUAAAAACCACUGUUUAUAAUGAG